CUUGAUAGGAUAAAGUUGAAGCACUAUGGUCUACGUUUAUUUUAGAAAUUUAUAGCAUUUGGAGGAUCACUUGUAUAUGGCUUACUCACUGCCAACAUAAAAAAUUGUCAAAUGCUUAAAAAAAGAAGAGGAAAAAGCAGAAUUUAGUAGAGGAUAAGUUUGUGAUUCAGACAAGAGAAUUAUUGAGAUCCCACACGAAACAUGGUGAUGGUGAUGAAGAUGAUGAUGAUGAUGAUGAUGGAGAUCAUUAUUUUUCUUUCCAAAAUAAUUUAACACUAUGCAGAGCUUUAAGCAGUGGGCCGUUACUUUUUGCAGAGGAAGUAGCGGAGAUCAUUCCCGUGAAAUUUAAACCCUUCUUCUCGUGAUAUAAAUAUUCACUACUCCCUCCUCUCUCUCACACUCUCAUCAUCUCCAAACAUUUUGUGCCUUCACCCUUUUCCCUACUUUUAGUUUUCCAACUUCAAAUGGGGGUUGCAGGACCCGAAGAUCAUCAGCGUCGGCGAGGGGAUUUGGAGGACCUCCGCCGCAUCUACGAAUCUACCCAAAUGCUUGCUAGUCACCGGAAGGAUAAUUCUGACGACUUCUAUGGAAGGAGAGUUUUGUCUAACUACUCCUCCAGUGAUACCGACGAGGAGACCAGCGACGAGCUUGUUUGCGUUACCAGUGGCGUCUCUCUCUUAGGCCUUGCGCUCGUGAAUCAACUUCUGCUGCGUGGAUUUUCCGUUCGGAUCCUCGUCGAUAGUCCAGAAAAUGAUGAUGCAGAAGAUAGAGAAAAAGUGAACGAGAUGAAAUUGAAAACAGAAGCAGGUGGUGGAGUUAGCAAAAUAUGGACAUUGUGGGGCGAUCUGAGGGAAAGCCAUAGCUUAGCAAAUGCGUUUGAAGGAUGUCGUGGCGUAUUCCAUACCUCUUCUUUCAUCGAUCCUUCUGGGCUCACCGGCUAUUCGAAAGCCAUGGUUGAGGUGGAAAAGAAGGUGAGUGAGAAUGUCAUGGAGGCCUGCGCAAGAACAUCAUCUGUAAGAUACUGUGUUUUCACCUCUUCUCUUUUGGCCUGCAUAUGGCGUGACGGCACACGAGCUGAGCUUCCUCCUGUCGUCGACCAUGAUUGUUGGAGCGAUCCAUCACUAUGCAAAAAUAAAAAACUAUGGUAUGCUUUGGGGAAGCUAAAGGCAGAGAAGGCAGCAUGGAGGAUUGCAAAAGAAAGAGAUAUAAAGUUAGUCACCAUUUGUUCUGCAUUGCUAACACCUCCUCCUCACCUUUCUACCAAUAAUUCAACUCCAACAAUUGCAUAUCUCAAAGGAGCACAAGAGAUGUAUGAUCAAGGGCUACUGGCAACGGUGAGCGUGCGAACUUUAGCGGAGGCACAUGUGAACGUGUAUGAGGCAAUGGGAGAAAAUGAAGCACAUGGAAGAUACAUCUGUUUUGAUCAAAUAAUCAAAACACAAGCAGAGGCAGAGGCUUUGGCAAGAGAGGUAUGUGUGCCUAUCACCAAAAUUUGCCAAUCUCAAGAAGAAGAAGCAGAAAAGGCAUCAACAAGCACUUCUACUAAGUUUCAGUUAUCAAAUAAAAGGCUUUUCAAUCUCACUUCUUCAAGAGCUCCUUCUACUCGUUGUUUUUCUCUUAAUGCAUUUCCCUAAUUUUAACUUUAUUUUUCUCCACUUUGUUCAUCAAAAUCAAUGUUUUGUAUAAUAUAAUGGUGCUAUUGUGUCAAAAAUUUAAGAAAAAAAGGAGAAAAAAAUGCAUAGAUGAGUUGUAAUAAAUGAUGAAAAGUUGUAAUAAUUUAAGUAUGUAUUCCAAUGUAGAGGUUUGAGGUUCGAAUUGAAUCUUCGACAAUAAGCUAAAAAGAAAGAUAGUAUUAUAUGUUUGGAGUA